CAUUAUUUGCCAACCUCCCCCUGAAAAAAAAAAGAAAAAGAAAAAUGAGGCUAUUGUCUAGAAAAGCAACAUGCAACACUCACGGCCAAGAUUCCUCAUACUUCCUAGGAUGGGAAGAAUAUGAAAAGAAUCCCUAUGAUAAGGUUAAGAACCCUAAUGGAAUCAUUCAAAUGGGUCUUGCCGAAAAUCAGCUCUCUUUCGACCUCCUGGAGUCAUGGCUGGCGAAGAAUCCUGACGUGUCCGGAUUCAAACGCGACGGCAAAUCCAUAUUCCGAGAGCUUGCUCUCUUUCAAGACUACCACGGUCUCCCUCUUUUCAAGAAAGCAUUGGUGGAUUUCAUGGCCGAGAUAAGAGAAAACAAGGUCACUUUUGAUCCCAACCACAUGGUCCUCACCGCCGGCGCCACGUCGGCAAAUGAGACCCUGAUGUUCUGCGUUGCCGAAGAGGGCGAUGCCUUCCUCCUUCCCACCCCAUAUUACCCAGGAUUCGAUAGAGACCUCAAGUGGCGAACCGGGGUUGAAAUUGUUCCAAUACAAUGCACGAGCUCAAACAACUUCCGAAUCACCGAGUCAGCUUUGGAACAAGCCUACCAAGAUGCAACAAAGCGUAACCUUAGAGUGAAAGGAGUGUUGGUCACGAAUCCCUCAAACCCUCUGGGAACCACUCUUUCUCGUAAUGAAUUCGACUUGCUCAUUGACUUCAUCAAAGACAAAGAAACCAUGCACUUGAUAAGCGAUGAGAUUUACUCUGGCACCGUUUUUAGCUCUCCAAGCUUUGUUAGCGUCAUGGAGAUCCUUAAGGAAAUGACUCCUAAUGACGCUGCCAAAAUUUGGAACAGAGUUCACGUUGUUUAUAGUCUCUCCAAGGACUUGGGUUUACCCGGUUUCCGCGUCGGUGCUAUCUACUCCGAAAACGACGCCGUUGUGGCUGCGGCGACCAAGAUGUCAAGCUUUGGAUUGGUUUCUUCACAAACUCAGUAUCUUCUGGCAGCCAUGCUCAGUGACAACAAGUUUACCAAGAAAUACAUCUCCGAGAAUCAAAAGAGGCUGAGACGGAGACAGAGAAUGCUCGUAACAGGGUUGCAGAAAGCGGGAAUAAAGUGCCUGAAAAGCAAUGCUGGUUUGUUCUGCUGGGUUGAUAUGAGGCACCUUCUCUGUUCCAACACUUUUGAGGCUGAGAUGGAGCUGUGGAAGAAGAUUGUCUACCAAGUUGGCUUGAACAUUUCUCCGGGUUCGUCGUGCCAUUGCAGUGAGCCAGGGUGGUUCAGGGUGUGCUUUGCCAACAUGUCUCAAGACACUUUAAACGUAGCCAUGAAACGAGUCAAGAACUUCGUUACAGACUCCACAGGAGCUGAAUGUGGCUCUUCUUCUGUAAGUUUCACAAAGUCAUUCUCUAAUUGGGUUUUUCGGCUUUCGUCUCGCGAUCAUCGUGCGCCUGAAGAACGAUAACUAUAGCUAUAGCUAGCUAGCAGCAUCUUCAUGUUGUUUGUGGAAUCUGAACGCAUGCACAACUUUUUUUUUUUUUAGCUUCCCGAAUAUUUUUGGUGGAGUUCAAAAGACAUAGUUCUUUUUUAUUUUUUAUUUAUUUUUUUCUUAAUGGGGAUCGAUCAUGAUGUAGAGAAAGAAA